UGUAGAUAGUCGCUCGAAACUCCUCUCUGGCCAGCUGGUCGAAGUCCUGUCCGUGUAUGAUGCGCAUCUGCUUGAGGAAAGUGGACUUGCCGCUCUCGCCGGCGCCGAGCAAAAGUAUCUUCACCAGCCGCUUCACGAACUGAAAGAAAAAUGACGAUUAAAUUAAUCCGAGACCAUGGGCAGCAUUAUAGACCUCGAAUGUCCUGUCUGAAGAAGAUCGAAGCCUUGGUGCUGGCAAUGCAGGACUCAAAAUCUGGGGUAAAAUCAUCUGAGCAGAAAUUGAACACCACUUCCAUUCCUCAUGUCAUCGCAGGACAGGACAUUCUUGCAUGGAUUGCCAGUCAUAUGAAGGUUGAUAAUCAAGAGGCACGGACAAUUGGCACCAUGUUAGUUGCUUUUGGCUUCAUCUACCCAUUACAAGACCACAAAAGACUCAUCCUCAAGCCAGAUGCCAGUCUCUAUCGCUUUCAGACACCGUACUUCUGGCCUGUGCAGAAAUGGAAGGAAGAAGACACUGAUUAUGCAAUUUAUCUGGUGAAGAGAAACAUGCGAAAGAAGGGGACGCUUGAAAACUACGAACAGGAGAACUACAACAAGCUUCACAAAUGGCUUCACCACAAAUGGGAUUUUAUAGUGAUGCAAGCCAAAGAGCAAUUCAGUGUUGGGAAGGAAAGGGACAAAGCAGAUCGGGUUGUGUAUGAUUGUCAGGAAAGGGCCUACUGGAUCGUACACAGACCUCCACCUCAAACUCACAGUGCCAUGGACUACGGCAUGGAUCGGCUUAUUGAUCCCAACAACGAAGAGAAAAAAACCUUUGACUACUAUAGAAGAAUUAUCAUCUACUUGCAGCAGAUCAUCAUGAGACCACGGGUCAAAUCUUCAGUGUCGCUGGGAGCCCUUGUGAAACACAUGACAACAUAUCAGGACCACGAUCCAUUUCUCAAACCAUGUGUUCCCAGCAACCCCUGGCAAACUGAUGAUGUCACAUACUGGGAUCUGAACAUGAGAAACGUUGAAAUCCCUACGAAGUCAAGAGUCGAGCGCUGGUCCUUCAGCUUUUAUGAGUUACUUAACGAUCCACGAGGCCGUGCUGACUUCAAACUCUUCCUGAAGAAGGAAUUCAGCGGUGAGAAUUUGGGUUUUUGGGAAGCUGCUGAGGAGAUGAAGUGGGGAGCGGCAGCAUCCAUGUCUGAGAAAGCUGAGACCAUAUUUAAGACUUUUUUAUCUCCAGGAGCUCCACGCUGGAUUAACAUCGACGGUCGGACGAUGGGACUGACAGUGAAGGGUUUGGAACAUCCACACCGCAAUGUCCUGGAUGCAGCUCAAACACACAUUUUCAUGCUGAUGAAGAAGGACACAUUUUAUCGCUAUCUGAAGUCACCAGUCUACAAGGACAUUCAGAAAAAAGCGAUCUCACCCGUGCCACAUAACUUCACUGAUGGUCAACUGGAGCAAAAUGCAAGAAACCGCAAACCCGGCAUCGACCCCAUCAUCCUGUGGCAGCAGGAACAGGAGGAAAAAGCCAAAGCAGCUGCAGCAGCUGGACCGAUCGAUAUUAAGAAACUGAUGGCCAGCAAACUGGACCGCAAGUGAAGGAGUUUAUAUAAAAAGUUAGAUACGAAUCCCAUCUUGUAUGCAUAUUAGAUCUAACUAGUGAAACUGUGUUGACAAUGUUCAGAAAAAUUAGAGCAUAAUUCACACUGACUGCAUAAUAGCAUAAUUUUUAAUGUUACAUCGAUUAGUAGGAUUACGAUUACUUACUACAUUAAAAUCUGCACCAUGUCCCCCAUCAGCUGCAGAAUCAUUGGUACCUUUAAAUCAUAACCUUAUAAAUAAUAGUAUUUAUAGUUUUAUUUAAUAUAUUAGUAUUUGAUAGCAUUAUUAUUACUAUUGUAUUUUCAAUUAUUUUCCAUUAUUUCCCCAUGUCUCAAGUGUGUGGUGUGUGAAUGUGUGUGUCCUGCAAUAAAAUGGCAUCCUAUCUAGGGUGUACCCUGCCUUGUGCCCUAAGUCUCCUGGGAUAGACUCCAGCUUCCGCAUGACCCAGUAGGAUAAGCAUUGUAGAGAAUGAAUGGAUAUAGCGCUUUAAACAGCAAUAUCUUUUCAUAAAGAAGCUGUAUAGAGAUGUUUAGUUGUGAUUGCUGGUGUUGAUGGCACUGGAGAUGCUUCUGGUGCUGUCUUGAGCCACCUAGUCUUGGUGUUCGCUGUUCGCUGUUCGCUGGGGAAAAAGGACCUCAUUAUGGCCCCACAUAUGGAGAUUUGGUAUAUUUGGCAGGCCUGGUUCGAGAACUAUCUUCUUCCUCUUCUGAACCUUUUUCCACUUAUGCUUGCUUAGGGUCUUGAGUUAUUGGUCUUAUGGGUGCUUCUGAUCUCUGCUCAUACAUUUCCCUUUAUCUCUCAUUAUGGCCCUGUCCAAUGACUCAGACUUAAGAAGAAGAAGCCCAUUUUAUCACAUAUAGAUAAUAGAACAGUGAAAUCUUUUUCUUCACGUAUCGCAGCUUAGGAAUUUAGGACCAAAGCAUAGCAGCCGGACAGUGACAGCUCAGCGGUACUGGGGCUUGAACAAGACUUCCACUUGACAAGAAGUGCUUGUGGCCCCCACUUCCUGCUUGUCAGGAUCUCUAUUGAUCACAACUAAACAAAAGUAAGUGUUUAAUUGAGCUAUACCUAGCAAUCAACUGUAGAAUGAUGUACAUGUGUCCAGUCCUGGCAAAUUUUAAUCAGAUUUAAGAAAAAAAAAAAUACUUAAAAAUUAUGCCACUGAUCUAAGGUUAUCAGAAUUGGCACUGAGCUCAAGUUACUAUGUGGAAUUCUGCAUGUUCUCCAAAUGUUUUAGUUUCCUCCACGUUGUCCAGUUUCCUUCUCAUUCUCAGAUACCCUUCUAAAACUAAUUUGCCCUUAGGUGUGAAUGUGGGUGAACGUGUGCGUAUCCUGGCCUGUGACAGACCGUUCUGUCCAUAGUUAUAGUAACUAUGGGAAGCUGUAUUCCCACCUUGUGUCCAGCGUUUCUGGGAAAGUCUACAGAUCCACAUCCCAGGAUAAAGAGCUGUACACAGGGCUGAGUUAUUUCAUAAGCAGUGAGUGAAUUAAUCUUGAAAACGCACCCAAUUAUAGUCUUCUGUUAUAGACGGAGAUAAGUGGAUGUGUUUAACAGCAUUCUGUAGUUUAUAUUUAGCUUAAAACAGUGAUGGGUCAUUUCUCAUUAAUUAUUUCCUGUGUCUCAGUGUCUUGUUCUUGACGUGUUCUUGUCAUUACUGCCUGCAGGUGAGAUGUGAAUAAAGUUGUUAAGUUGUAGUAUAAAAUGA